AUGACGUUUAUGAAUAACAUUAGAAGCGCUACGAAAGAAGCGUUGGAUCGCACAGCGAUAAUCGCAAAGUUCUUAUGCUGCCUUCACUUCACCGCCAACUACCUCUGUUCCCCAACUCACGCGUAUGGACCUAGUAUGCUCCCUACCCUGAAUAUCGCCGGCGAUGUUGUUCUCGUCGAACACCUAUCUCCGCGGAUUGGGAAAAUUGGUCAUGGUGAUUUGGUUCUUGUACGGUCACCUUUGAACCCUAAUCGGAACUUGACAAAGCGUGUUGUUGCUAUGGAAGGGGAGACUGUUACUUUCUUUGAUGCUUCGGGCUCUGAUUCCUCUCGAACUGCUGUGGUGCCAAAGGGGCAUGUUUGGAUUCAAGGAGAUAACAUCUAUGCUUCCCGUGAUUCACGUCACUUUGGUCCUGUUCCAUAUGGCCUUAUAAAAGGAAAAGUGUUUUUUCGGGUUUGGCCACCCAGUAGCUUUGGACUGCUAGAUAAUUGA